AUGGAUCAAACAAUAUUAGAUAAAAUCGAUUCUGAAAAAUCCCUUAGAACCCAAGCAAGAUUGUCUGCUAUGAUUGGAUCUCUCGGAGACAUUGAUGAGGUAACAGACGACACUAAUAACUCAAUAAAAGAGGAUCAAGAAUACCAGAUAAUCGAUUCUUCUUCCAGUUCCACUUCUGUCUCCUCAGAUCAAUUUGAACCCUUAAGACCAACACAAUUGAAUUUUAAUUCAAAUAUACAUACUCCCCCAGAUCAACAGCUUCCAUCUUCGUUUUCUUCUAAUUCUAGUGAGAAUAAAGAACUCUCAAAUAAUAACAUCGUUAUAAAUAAUAAUAACAACGCUAUCAAUGAUAUAUCUGAUUUUGUUCCAAAACUACCACCACACUCUCAAUUCCGUCCUUUAACUUCUGUUAACAUCACUCCAUCGAUUACAACUCCAACACAUCAUCCUAAUACCAACGAUACAAGUCUCAAUCGAUAUAGCAUGCUUUCUGAUUAUUCAGGUGUAAUCCAUGAAGGUACUGAAGUUUCCUAUAUAGUGAAAAAUAAACCUGCCAACAAUACCGACGGUAACAACAACCAGGACCGCAACAACAAUAGCAGGGACAUUAAUAAUGAAGUUGAUACAAAUAAUACCAUUAUAACCGUAACAACAACAGAUAACAUAACUGCAACUGCUACAGCUACUAGUGACGAUAAAAACAACACAUUUGGUUCCAAUAAACUUUCCACAUCCUCUCAACCAAUAGCUCAAAAUGAAGUAAUUAUUAAACAAAUUAAAAACGCAAGACAUGUGAAUAGAUUCAAUUCAUUACGUUCCGAUACUCCAAGCAAACCACCAAAAAGUCAUCUAAAGUAUCAUUCUGAUCCAUUAUUAUUAACACAAGAACAGACUAGAGAACAAUUGAACUGUUUAUCCUUAGAAGAAUCAUUGCCUAGUAUGCUUCACAAUCGAGAAAAAUCUGAUUUAGAUGAUUCAUUUUCUAUUCAGUCUAGUGUGAUUCAUCCAUUAUCAACUCCAAGUAACAUACAGAAUGAUAAAGCAAACAGGCCAGUAGAACCCUUAUUGAAUGAGAAAGGAGGAAACAAAACUACCAUAUACAAAGAAAGUAUCAAUAACAUUAAUCAAGCAAACGACGGUAAUACCAUUCUAAAAGCUCCACCAAGAAAUAAAAAUCGUCCUAAAACGAUGAUUAUAGACCAGGAUAUAUCAAGCCCUGAAAUAUUUUUAAAACAUGAUUCUGCUACUCCAGAUAACAAUAACAACUAUAAUAAUACUACUACCCUUGAUAGUAGUGGUAAUGGUAAUAGUACUAAUUUAAAUAGACAGCAGUUUAAUGUACAUACCCUGUCCCAAUUACUGUCCAUCACCAAUGGGACGUUAAUUGGAUCGGAGUUCCAAGACUUACCUAUUCCUUUAGAAGAAAAAAGAGCAUUAGAAAGAUUAGUUGACAGUUUAUCGAGGCUUACCGCAGAUAUGGUAUUGGACCCUGAACGGUAUGGAGAAGGUCUUCAAAGAUUGAAAAGAGCGAUCAGAGCCUUAGAAGGCUUCCAAUAG